CAAACAAUACACACUGUUACGCAACUAGGUGACUGAACGUAACCGUGAGAAGUUUAUACAAUGAGAUUAAUUUUAUCUUAUCUGUGAUCAAAUGUGCUAAAAAUUAACAGAAGUAAAGGAACAAAUAAUGAUGGAAGAUAUACCCUUGAUGAGAAGGUUUCAGUCCUGCCUAAAUCUUCAUCUUACAAAAACCCUUGUUAUUCAUCAACAGGAAGAUGAGAAUUGGGAGAAAGAUCCAAGUCGUCGUCUUCUAUCCAACUCAUCCAGGGGUAAGAGCCUGAGCGAGGUUAAAAUGUACAUUGGGCCAGACAGCCUACAUAUGAGCCAGGGUAAACCCAGUAAUAAAUCUGGAAUAUCAUCUGUAGAAUCAACAUUAAACAAGCUUAAACACCCACUUCAGAGCUCCGGAGAGAGAAGUAAAAAGAUAGAAUCAACCGAUCUCGUGAACGUCAGAAGAUUGGAUGAAAUUGAACCAAUGAGAAUAAAUAGGAUAGACAAUACUGAAACAAUGAGGACCAUUAGGAUUGACAACUCACCGCCAAUAAGAAAUAUCAGGAGUGAGAAUUCAGAUCAUGGACAACGAAUUGGUGAUGAAGGACAAAUGCGGAUAAGAAGGAAGGAUGGAGAUGAACAUAUGAGGAUGAGAAGGAUGGCUGGAGAUGAACCUAUGAGAGUGCGAAGGAUGGAAGUUGCAGAGCAUUGCAAACAUAUUCCUUCCUAUGUAAAGCAGGUGAUAAUGAGAGAAGAAGAAGGAUCUAACCUGAAUCUACCUUCUACUGCAAGAGAAAUGAGAGAACUAUUGGAUACAUUACGAAGACGAGACCCCAGAGUGAUCAACAAAAUGGAUUUCAGAAGAAAACUUGAAAUCGUUCAAACCCUGUAGAUGUUUCUUUACUCUAUAUACAGAUAACUCUGAAAUAGGAAGACGACUUUUAUAAUCAAGUUUUAACUAAACAUUAAUUGUGGAGAGAGACAAGGUUCACUAAAUCAGUGAUCUAAUAAGUGUCUAGUGAAAGUAUUUGUUUCGUAACAACAUCAAAUAUACUUCAGUAUUGCCAUAAUGUCGUCUUCCUCUUCCAUUGCUAUCUGGUUAGCACUGAAAGAAAUUAUUUUAAUCCCAAUUUGGAGUUUUUUCAAUAAAUACCUUUGCUGGUUU